CAAGCAUAACCUAUCAUCUUCACACCACAAGAUCCUGGGAUUUCAUGGGAUUCCCCGAAAACGCCAACCGAAACCCGAGCAUCGAGAGCAACACUAUUGUCGGCGUGAUCGACAGCGGAAUCUGGCCGGAAUCCGAGAGCUUCACCGACAACGGCUUCGGCCCUCCUCCCACCAAAUGGAAAGGAGCUUGCAAUGGCGGACUCAACUUCACCUGCAACAACAAAUUAAUCGGCGCUCGCUACUACGCGGACGACUCAGCAAGGGACAUGAUCGGGCACGGGUCCCACACAGCAUCGACGGCCGCAGGUAACCUUGUCCCGGGGGCAAGCUUCUACGGCAUCGCGGGUGGAACUGUAAGGGGUGGGGUCCCAUCUGCCCGCGUGGUGGCGUACAAGGCGUGCAGCCUGGACGAGUGCCAGACGGACGCCUUGCUGGCGGCUUUUGACGACGCGAUUGCUGAUGGGGUGGAUUUAAUCUCAAUCUCCAUUGGGGGAGCCCCAAUGGAGCUUGAGGACGAUGUGGGGAUUUCCCUUGGGGCACUCCAUGCAUUUCAGAGGGGUAUUUUGGUCGUUCAGUCGGCCGGGAAUAAAGGGACUAAAGGGACUGUUGCUAGUGUAAUGCCGUGGAUUUUUACGGCUGCAGCUGCUACUACUGAUAGGGGGGUUGUCACGAGAGUUGCUCUCGGAGAUGGGAUGACAUUUACGGGGAAGGCGGUGAGCUCGACUCCCAUGGGGAGUUCGACGGGCGUGCCGGUGGUGUAUGGGAAAAAUGUUUCGGGAGCAUGUGACGAUUUUGCCCUCUGGAGAUGUGACUCGCAAUGUAUGCAACCGAGUGUAGUGAAGGGAAAGGUCGUGCUGUGCAAUGACUAUUAUGGCGUGAGGAGGGCAUUUACAGCUGGAGCUGUUGGUGUGGUUGGUACACUUGAAUCUUUUCCGAUAAAAUUACCUUUCCCCAUGGAUUUUUCCCAGGUCAGCCCACUUGCCUCGUCCCACCUCAACGACCACGACUUCCAACAUGUCCAGACCUACUUCGAGUCCACAAAAUCUCCAACAUUGGACAUAUUGAAGAGUGAAUCUAUACGGAACGUCGAUGCCCCUAAGGUGGCUGGAUUCUCUUCGAGAGGUCCAAAUGUUAUCCUGCCAGAUAUUUUGAAGCCGGACAUCACAGCACCUGGUGUAGAAAUACUGGCAGCCUUUUCCCCUUUGGCCUCGCCUUCAGAUUACCCUUCAGAUAAAAGAUCCGUAAAAUACAGUAUAAUGUCAGGAACAUCAAUGUCGUGCCCGCACGUGACAGGUGCAGCUGCUUACGUGAAAUCAUUUCAUCCUGAUUGGUCACCUUCUGCAAUCAAAUCGGCUCUUAUGACAACAGCAAGGACAAUGGACGCCUCGAAAGAUCGACUAGCCGAAUUUUCCUACGGAGCGGGUUACAUUGACCCGGUCAAAGCGGUCGACCCGGGGCUGGUGUACGAGACGUUCACGGAGGAUUACAUCAGCAUGUUCUGCGGCUUAGGGUACGACUCCGCAAAAGUGAGGAGAAUAUUUGACGGGAACGCGUCCUGUCCUCGGGGGCCUCUUCUUAAACCAAAAGACCUCAAUUACCCUUCCCUGACCAGACAGAUCAAGACGCGGCGCGGGGACAAAGCCCCGGCGUUUAUCGUAAAAUUCAGAAGAACCGUCACUCACGUGGGGCCCGGAAGAGGCAGAUACACUGUGACGACGAGUGUGGGCCCGACCCAUAACAUCACGGUGCAGCCGAGGAUCCUGAGGUUCCGCAAGCCGGGGCAGAAGAGAUUGUUUAAUGUGAUAAUCGCUGGGGUUGUUGACAAAGGGAUUAUGCUGUCGGCUUCUUUGGUAUGGUCCGAUGGAGUGCGUAAGGUUUACAUUGUUUACAUGGGCGCUUAUCCUGAGGGAUACGAUUCACCUUACAAUGGUAACAAACUUCAAGAGCAACACGUAAAUAUGCUUCAACAAGUAGUUGAUGAAAGCUUUAUAAGCGAGGCACUAGUUCGAAGUUACAAAAGAAGUUUCAAUGGUUUUGCUGCCUACCUUACCAAUCAAGAACAACAGAAUUUAGCCAAUCUUAAGGAAGUGGUCUCGAUUUUUCCGAGCAGAACACUUUGGCCUCAGACGACAAGAUCAUGGGACUUUGUCGGAUUUCACGAAAAUGUUGAUCAACAUUCAAAUACCGCAAGUGAUAUCGUAAUAGGUGUUCUUGAUUCCGGAAUAUGGCCAGAAUCCGAGAGCUUUAGCGACCGAGACUUCGGUCCUCCGCCCAAGAAAUGGAAAGGGGUUUGUAAUGGCGGCAAAAAUUUUACCUGCAACAAGGACGAAGUCGGGCAUGGUACCCACACGGCCUCGACGGCGGCCGGAAACCGAGUGGCCGGCACGAGCUUCUACGGCAUAGCGGACGGGACGGCCAGGGGCGGGGCCCCAUGGGCUCGGGUGGCGGCGUACAAAGUGUGCGAGACGGGUUGCCACGAGGCCGACAUACUAGCGGCGUUUGACGACGCGAUUGCGGAUGGGGUCGACAUCAUCACCAUAUCCGUGGGGUCCACCAUAGCCAGGGACGUCAAGUACGACAGCAUCUCAAUCGGUUCCCUGCACGCCGCCAACAUAGGGAUCCUCACCGUUCACUCUGCCGGGAACAACGGCUUCUCGCCCGGGACUGUCACGAGCGUGGCCCCUUGGAUCUUCACCGUUGGGGCCAGCACCAUGGACCGUGGGAUUGUCACCAAACUAACUCUCGGGGAUGGAAAGAAAUUUGAUGGAAAAUCAGUGAAUUCAUUUAAGAUGAAAGGCAGUAAAUUGCCACUAGUGUAUGGGAAAGAUGUAACUAGCAGCUGUAGUGAAACUAGUGCCAGGCUCUGUUCUCCGGGGUGUCUAAACAGUAGCCUCAUUACUGGAAAAAUUGUUCUCUGUGACGACCCAAAAGGCAUAGAAGAGGGUCUAAAUGCCGGUGCUGCUGGAGUCAUCUCAAAACAAGGCAUAACUCCUGAUGUGUCCUUUGUAGUCCCUCUGCCUGCAACCACUUUAGUUACUGACAACCUCAAAUUAGUCCAAGACUAUGUCAACUCCACAAAAGAUGCUAAAGCAUCUAUAGCGAUAAGUGAGCCCAUAAAAAACACAGAUGCUCCUCUGGUGGCUAGUUUCUCUUCAAAAGGGCCAAAUAUUAUUAUCCAUGAUAUCUUAAAGCCAGAUAUAACAGCCCCAGGUGUGGAAAUCUUGGCUGCAUAUUCACCAGAAGCACCUGCUUCAAACUACGCCUCGGAUAAAAGAUCCGUUAAAUACAAUAUUCUUUCCGGCACAUCAAUGUCAUGCCCACACGUGACUGGUGCAGCUGCUUACGUGAAAUCCAUCCAUCCUGAUUGGUCCCCUUCUGCAAUCAAAUCCGCCCUCAUUACAACCGCCUGGCGCAUGGACCCCACAAAGCACAAAGACGCGGAGUUUUCGUACGGGGCAGGGCACAUAAACCCCAUAAACGCAACAAAUCCCGGGCUCAUCUAUGAAACGAGCACAGAAGACUAUAUCAAGCUACUCUGCAAGAUGGGUUAUCCCUCGGAAGUGGUCGAUAAGUUAUUCCAAGACAAUACCAUCAACUGCUCGAAACUCCAGCCAGCUGAGGUGGCGGACAUGAACUACCCCUCGAUGACUAAAGGUGUGAAAAGCGGCACGGCUAGUUUUUCGAGGACUGUCACGAACGUGGGGUCGCCAAAUUCUACUUACACUGCUAAGGUUGAAAAAGCUCCCGAGUGUAGUAGUGUCACGGUGGAACCCACGACACUCACGUUCGGGCAGUUGAACGAGAAGAAAUCGUUUGUUGUCAGCGUAAAAUGCGAUCAUCGAGCAAUAUCGAUGGCUUCUUCCUCACUCGUGUGGUCAGAUGGUGUUCAUUCUGUGCGGAGUCCGAUCGUUGUGUACGUGAAUCAAGUCUUGUGAAGUGUUGUUUUUUAUGCCACAACUUGAUCUUUGUUGGGGUGAAGCUAAUGGUUGUGUAACAAUCUUGACUAAGGCAGGGAAUAAAAUUUAAUUUAUAUAUAUACAUGAUUAAAAGAGGGGAUAUUACUUGCAAUUUAAAUAUUUU